AGCGAGUGGCUUACAUGCGGUGCGGGCAGCCGUGUGUCUGCAUGUGGGAAGUACGCAGACCUCUGCCGCCAGCGUACCGCAAGAGCAGCAGCAAGAACAACAACAACCAUUGCUUCUACUACUGUUAAUGCUGGACAGCCAAAGGCGGUGAUGGCUUUUUUCGAUCCUUUAGGAGAUUUUGAUUUUUCUACUAUUUUUUCAGAAACGGAUCCACAAAGUUCGGGAAGUACGUUAUUAAACUACAAUACAUCACAUAAUCCGGAGAAUGAGGUUAAACGUACUAAACUGAAGGCGCCAGCGGUUGCGAGUGCAAGUGAAGCAGCGGGACAGUUCCCACCUGCGGUAACUACUGUAGUUAGAACAGAGGAGAAUACUCCAGGUGAGUCACCACGUGGUCAGGAUGGUGUGUCGGAGUCAGCUCACGAAAGUAAUGCUAUUUCUCAUGCAUCUGAUGGUGCUGCUGCUUCUGAUAUUAAUCUUCCCGGUGUUGGUACUAAUUCUGGCCAUUCUCCUGCUGCUGCUGUUUCUCCAGCACCUGUACCUGCCGAGAGGACUGAGGCUGCGUCUGCAGGGGACAACCAAGCUGGAAGCAGCGGCAGGAGUACAACUAACGCGGACAGUAAAGCCAACCAAACCACUCCAGCUGCAAGUACAACAGAGAACAACAACUCUGUAAACAGGGACUCAAACAGUGUCAAUACCCUUAAUAAUAAGGAAUCGAACGCCACCACCACCACCACAACAACAACACUUCCUCCUGCCACCGCAGUCUCAGAAGGGAAUGUCGAUGCUUCUGCAGCCACCACCACCAACAUUAACAGCGAAGCACCAACCACCACCCCAUCUCCAUCUCCUGUACCCAACGCAGAGAUCAACAUCACCUCUGCCAUGCAGAAGAACAGACCCAUUGUUGACAGCAGUGUCAGUCCUGUGUGGAUGCAUACUGCAGCACCGCUACUGAUUGUGGCUGUGUUGGUCUCCGCUACCGUGUACUGA